AUGAUUGAGCUCGCGGUGGAGAAUCAAAUCCACCUACUUUUUCUUCCUCUGCACACCACCCACCACCUCCAACCUCUUGAUGUUGGUGUAUUUGGUCCCAUGCAAAAGGCUUGGUACAACUGCUGCAAGUUGUACACAGCAAGGACAGGCGAAGGAAUUUGUCAACACCAUGCCGUCAAAGAAUACUGGGAGGCAUGCAAAGGAGUAUUUGUAACUAAUACCAUUUUACAGGCAUGGCACAAAAGUGCGCUCUGUCCCCUCAAUCCUGGUUUAUUCACUGCGGCUGACUAUGCACUGAGCGCUUCAACUUCAACAGCCAACCACGCCCCACUGUCGUACCCGGAUACUUUCCCUGAUGGCUGGAUGGAUGGUACCUCGUUGUAUGACCCAGAUUAUGCUCCCAAUGAUGCAGCUCCGAGCCCAGACUCAGACAUAAGUUCUGAGGGAGCAGGGGAUUCCGAUGAUGGGUCAGACUCCAGUAUCUGUGAGGAUGAGGGUGAGGAUAGCAAUGUCAACAUGGGCAGCAGGGACGCUAAUAUUGCCAGUGGGGGCAGCACCAGUGGCUCUUUCCCCUCCUCUUGUUCCAGUUCAUGUGCAAGCACUCCAGGGGCCAUGUUAGUCAAGCUGCACCCCACGUCCCUGCCCAUAGCAAAGUCAAAGAAGAACCUCGUCGCAAUAAUCCACAAGCUUCAAGUAGAGCGUGAUGAGGCGCUAUGGGAACGGGACACUAUGCAGGGGCAUAGUGUCUUUAUGAUGCACGAGUUUGAGCAUGUGAAGGAUUGGUUAAAUUUGGUGAAGGGCUGGGGGAAACAAAGGAAGGGGUUAUGGGUGCACAGUGAACUCUUGACGAGCGCAGAGUUGCGUGCCAGGCAUCUUGCUGAGGAGGAGGCUCACAAGGAAAAGGAACGGAAGGCAGCAGAAGCAAAGGCAAAUAAGGAUGCAAAGGCAGCUGAGCACCAGGUGCAAAUGAGCUUGCUGGAUGGGACUGAGGUUUUCAAUGGAGCGCUCAUGUGGCAAGACAAAGCCGGACCUCCAGCUCAUUGCCGCAGCGCUCAAUCUGAGUGCUGA